UGAAUUUCGCGUUGACCACCAAGAAUCACCGUCAUGUAGACGGAGUCGAGCUUUCGCCCCGUGUGUGCAGAUGACAAAGGCCUAGUAUAGGCCUAGUAUUGGGCCGCUAUGCCACAAAAUGCGCCUGAAGAUGAUUCGGCCCAGGUCAGCGGUUGAUCGUUGCUCAAUCUGGGGAUCUGCCCUUGGUCCUUGACCCCACGAGCUCUCCACAUAUGGUUCAAUGGCAUCUGAAGCUUUGGGACACUUGCUGAAGGGCACAUUAUCACCACUAACGAUCUAUCUCCACUUUAUCAUCGCCGACUUCCUAAUCAACCACCACACGGUACAACAUCCACCACUGUACAGCCGCCGCAGGAGGCAAUACCAGACAAACUCAACGCUGGGGCAUCCUACCAUUCUCAACCGCCUCCUCUCGGAAGUACCCAUGCUACACUCACUUCCUCCCUUACACUCGCUGUAACCCAAUCUUUCCUCUCC